AAUUGGAUUCUACAGAAUUUGAUGAUACUACUAGUCCUAAAAGUGUUGGUGAUGAUGAUGGUGAUGGUAAUGAUCCAAAUCCUGCUUGUAUUUCAGUGACACAAAAAUCAUCAAGAAUUAUUUAUAGUACAAGUGGUAAAAGUCGAUCUGAAGAAGAUAAUCAAACAAAAUCUUUGUCAUCAUCAAAAAUGAUGACGGCUACAACUAAUUUAACAAUGAAAAAUGAUAUUAAUAGUAAAUCGGAUGACCAAUUAUCAUCAUCCGGAUCUUCGUCAUCAUCAUCAUCAUCAUCAUCAUCGGCAAUAAUAGCUGAUAUUUGUAGUACCUCAUCAUCAUCACCAUCAACAUCAUCCGGUUGUUUAUUGGUUGAGAAUUGUACAAUCGAAACAAAUGGUAGCAGUGGUGGUGGUGAAAAUAUUAGUUAUCAUGAUUGUCAAUCACCAACAACAAUGAUGAUGAACCAUCAUAAUCAUAAUAAUAAUAAUAAUAAUUGUCAAAGAACGAUGAAUACGAUUGAAUUCAAUAACAAUAAUAAUAAUAAUGGUAAAACAAAGAAUUCAAAUGAAUGGAUCAAAUUAAAUGUUGGUGGUACUUAUUUUCAAACGACACGUACCACACUAUGUAGUGAUCGUAAUUCGUUCUUUUAUCGUCUUUGUCAACAAGAUGAUAAUAAGAAUAGUUUAGCAUCGGAAAAGGAUGAAAAUGGAGCCUAUUUAAUUGAUCGUGAUCCAUCAUAUUUUGCACCAAUAUUGAAUUUUCUACGUCAUGGUAAACUUAUACUAAAUAAAGAUCUGAAUGAAGAAGGUGUACUUGAAGAAGCCGAAUUCUAUAAUAUAACAUCAUUGAUAAAAUUAUUACAACAACGUCAUCUAGAUCGUACAAUGAAUCAUAAUCCUAGUCCAGAUUCAUCAAAAAAUCAAAAUGUUUAUCGUCUAUUACAUUGUCGUGAAAGUGAAUUAUCAUUGGCUAUAUCAACACUAUCGGAUGGUUGGAAAUUUGAACAAUUAUUACCAAAUUUUCCGAAUUGGACCACCGACUAUUUUGUUGUCGUAUCACGUGAAUAUCCAAUCAAAAGAUAGAUCAGAUUACAUCAAACACUAAUCAUUAUCAUCAUCAUCAAUCGAAUCAAUUUUUCGUUAAAUUGAUAUCUGGUCAAAUUCAAUUCUUUUCUUCUUCUUCUUCUUGGUGGAAAUGUUUUUUUUGGCUUCCAUUUCCUAUACAUCUACCUUUCUACCUAUUUAUGAUUAUUAUUACAUAAUGAUUAUAUUCUUGCACUAUAUAUUCUCAACAGUGCAAGAUUGAUUUGAUAUUAUAGAAUUUAAAAUUUCAAGAUUUUUCUCUUUUUUUUUGAUAAUUAGCACUCUUUUUUUUCACCAAAGGAUUAUUACACUUUAUACAACCAUUACCACCACCACCACCAUCACACCACCCUCUAUGUCAUUCAUAUAGACAUUUUACCUGCCUAAAUCAAAAACAUCAUCAUCUUGAUCACAACAACUGCCAUCAUCAUCAUCAUCAUCAUCAUUUUGCAAUUUAUUCAAAUGAAUUAUAUAUUCAUCAUCACCAUAAUACCACAAACAUUAUACAACACAAAAAAAAUAAUGAACGGUGAUUUGGCCGGGUGGGUGUGUGUAUGUCUUGAUCGAAUUGAUCUGUAUUUAUUAUUAUUACCAUUUGAGUAUAUAUAUAUAAUGCUAUUAUUAAUGUUGAUAUUGUUUGAACAAUGAUGGUGUGAGAAAAUAA